CUCAGCUUAGGAAUCUCGUGGACAUGUUGUUAUUUGACUAACUUUGAUCAUGAUGUUCUUUUUCUGAGAGCUUAAUUAAAGAUCAACGAGAAGCCGCUCAUCAUGGAGAUGGCUAAGGAUGCUAAGGAAAACAAGGGACUAACCAUUUACCCGAGGGACCUUUCAGUCACGUGGGGAAAUGACGCUAGGUACUGGAAAUGGUUCUGGCUUCUCUUUGAAAGCGACGACUAUAAGGUUAUCGAAAUACCAAGGCUUCUGAAUGUGUGUUGGCUAGAGAUCUCAGGAAGCAUCUCUAUGAUGUCGCUUAGGAUUGGACUCAAGUACGAAGUAGCGUUUGUUAUUAUGAUGAAGAGUCCAGAGGGCUGGGAGAAUUCUCCGGUGACCCUAAGGCUUGAUUUACCUGAUGGUAAGCCUAGGGUUCGCGAUAUCGAUUUGAGCACUGUCCCCACUGAUACAUGGGUGACGAUUCCUGUCGAUGUAUUCACCGCAACCACGACUAAAGGGAGAGUUGGGUUCUCGAUGAAGGAGAUUACGAGGCUACUUUGGAAGAGGGGGCUCAUCAUUAAGUGCGUUGUUCAAGUCCUCUAG